AUGUCAUGUGUUUUCACAUCCAACAAAACAAUAAGAGUUUGUCCUUUCCUCAAUGGGGAUGUGGAAAAUCCAGAACCCAAAACCAACAGCACAUGGAUUCAACCCAAUUUGCCCAGCAAAUGUACAUGGAAACCAGGAAAAUCCAUCGCAGAAUCACCUCAUAAUUUUGUGCCUCUACCAAAAGAACCAAAGAUUUUGUCAAGUAUUUUGGAAAAAAUUGGACAUACCCCUUUAGUUCGGAUUAACAAAAUUUCAAAAGCCUAUGGGCUUAAAUGUGAACUCUUGGCAAAGUGUGAAUAUUUCAAUGCUGGAGGGAGUGUGAAGGACCGAAUAACUCUGAGGAUGAUAGAAGAUGCAGAAAAAGCUGGCAUUCUAAAACCAGGACAUACACUCAUUGAACCUACUUCAGGAAAUACAGGAAUUGGGCUGGCCUUGUCAGCUGCAAUAAAGGGCUACCGCUGCAUCAUUGUCAUGCCAGAGAAAAUGAGCAUGGAGAAGGUGGAUAUUCUGCAGGCACUUGGAGCUGAAAUUGUAAGAACCCCAUGCGCUAGUUUUGAUGCUCCAGAAUCAAAUGUCCGUGUUGCUUGGAAACUAAAAAAUGAAAUCCCAAAUUCACAUAUUCUGGACCAGUACCGAAAUCCAAGUAACCCACUGGCACACUAUGACACCACAGCUGAAGAGAUUCUGGAGCAAUGUGAUGGCAAAGUUGAUAUGAUUGUGGUUGGAGCUGGCACAGGAGGCACCAUCACUGGUAUUGCCAGGAAGAUGAAGGAGAAAUGUCCCGAAUGCAAAAUUGUUGGAGUAGAUCCUGAAGGCUCUAUAGUUGCUCUGCCCAGCUCACUGAAUACAGCAGAGGAUGCAACAAUGGAAGUGGAAGGGAUUGGACAUGACUUUAUCCCAACUGUCCUUGACAGAUCUGUGAUAGAUCAGUGGUAUAAGAGUAAUGACACUGAAUCUUUUCUUAUGGCUCGCAGAUUGAUUAGAGAAGAGGGGUUGCUUUCUGGAGGAAGUGCGGGCAGUGCAAUGUGUGCAGCUGUGAAGCUUGCCAAGCAGCUGAAGGAGGGACAACGUUGUGUUGUCCUUUUACCUGACUCUGUGAGAAACUACAUGUCCAAAUUUUUAAAUGACAAAUGGAUGAUCACAAAUGGAUUUCUGAAAGAGGAUGUUCAAGACCAUUAUCCUUGGUGGUGGAAUAUCAAGGUGCAGAAACUGAAUCUCUUAGCACCUCUGACUCUACUUCCAGAUGUGAACUGUCAAAAGGCAAUUGAAAUCCUGAAGGAUAAGGGAUAUGACCAGGCACCAGUUGUUGCAGAAUCUGGACACUUCUUGGGAAUGGUAACUCUGAGCAGGAUCCUCUCCUCACUUCUAGCAGGAAGUGCCCAAUUCUCAGAUCCAGUCAUCAAGGUUAUUUAUCAGCAGUUUUCAAAGGUUAGUUUGGAUGACACACUUGGAAAACUUUCACAUAUCUUGGAAAAUGACCAUUUUGCUAUAGUUGUCCAUGAAUUGGAGCAAUACAAUGCAGAUGGCAGCUCCUUCAAGAAACAGAUGGUGUUUGGUGUGGUCACAGCCAUUGACCUGCUCAGCUUUGUCACCCAGAAGAACAAUUCUCUAAAGGAAAACAAUGGAACUCUCAAUUCAGUGUUUUCUGGAAAAGAAGUUGUCCUUAGCAGAGAUGGAAACAAAAUGACUGAGGACUUUUGAAUAUUUAAUUCUGGUUUUGUUCACCAGCAUGGCUAGUUUUCCAUGUUAAUUUGCCUGACAGUUUUGGUUAAUGUUUGUUUCACAUCCUGAAUGCCACCAUAUAAAAUAAUCUAGGAUCAGGUUGAUCUGAAAAGAGUUGUAAAUUUAAAAUAAGUUUUUAUUCUGCCAUCAUGUUCAAAUAAAAUUAUUGGAGAGAAAGAAGAAGUAAACAAAUUCUCCUAAGAAAUCUUUCUGCAUUGAUUUCUAUUUGACUUUUUUGGUAUGUGUUAAUAUUAACCAAUAAGCAGAUUUGAAAUUCUGCAGGCAGAGCAAUAAAUAACUACUUGUUAUUACAAAAAUUGCUUAAAUAAUAUGUUGAGCAAAAAAUAAAUGCAAUUUGCCAGCACAAAUAGAGUUGUCAACUUCACAGGUUGCAGCUCGAAAGAGGCAACAGCUAGCUAUUGGCAAGCCUCCUGAGAUGGGAGGUGGAGUAAGGUUUUGGAGGUUAAAUUUUUUUGCCAAGGUCCAAGUUUUAUAGAAGGCAUGGCAACCAUUUCAGAUCUUGGAGGCCAGUUAUUUUACAGGAAAUUCGCCUUCUUGUUUGGGACUUAUUGUGAUAACGGAGGUCAGACUUCUCAUCAUCGUGUAAUGACUGAACAGACCACAAGUCACAAUAAUCACGUACUGAUUAUUUUGUCUUUCAUAGCCUUAUCCUUGGAAUGAUGCUAAUCUCUAAAAAUAGCCACAGUUUCAGCAUUUGACCCACAACAGCUUUUGUUUUCUCUCUUAAAAAUAAACAUUUUUUUCCUAACUUUGCUUAAUACAAUUUAUUUCUCUGGGGUAUUUCUUUGAAUCUCUUCCCCAUUUGCUAGACUGCACCAGUGC